CUGUUAUCAGUCCCCAGCUUCAUUGCCGUCCGAUACUCGAGCAGAACACAAAACAGUAGCAAACGUAUCAACCCAGAGCCAUAUCGCUGCUCCCUACAUCCACUUGAGAUAGCGCCCCGCCCGCCCGCUGCCGCUGCCGACGACGACGACGUAACCUUCCUUUCUCUCUUCCCGACCUUCCGUCUAAUCAGCCCGACGACCAACCACCAAGAUGGGUCUCUCGGUUUCCAAGCUGCUCAGCGGCCUUUUCGGCAAGAAGGAGAUGAGAAUCCUCAUGGUCGGUCUCGAUGCCGCUGGUAAGACCACCAUCCUGUACAAGCUUAAGCUCGGCGAGAUCGUCACCACCAUCCCGACCAUCGGCUUCAAUGUCGAGACGGUCGAGUACAAGAACAUCUCCUUCACAGUGUGGGACGUGGGUGGACAGGACAAGAUCCGACCGCUCUGGAGGCACUACUUCCAAAACACACAAGGCAUCAUCUUCGUCGUCGACUCGAAUGAUCGGGAGCGUAUCUCUGAAGCGCGGGAGGAGCUGCAGCGCAUGCUGAACGAGGACGAGCUGCGCGACGCGCUGCUGCUCGUCUACGCCAACAAGCAGGAUCUGCCCAACGCCAUGAACGCCGCCGAGAUCACCGACAAACUUGGCCUGCACAGUCUCAGGCAAAGGACCUGGUUCAUCCAGGCUGCCUGCGCCACGUCCGGCGAUGGCCUCUACGAGGGCCUCGAGUGGCUCAGCACAAACCUCAAGCGCAGGGUCUAAAGCCUCUGGGGCCGCAGAGCGGUUUGCGGACUGGCGUUCUAGAUGGAUUGCGCAGCGUAGCGGAGCAGAACAGAGCGUAGCGGUAUGAAUCGGAUAGGAUACGAUGGGAAGGUAGAGAUGGGUAGCGGUGUAAUCUCUCCUUGAUGUGGCUUGGCUUGAAUGCGCUGCCCCUGCACGCAGCGUGUCAUUUGGAAUCGACAAAAGUUGCGUGGCGAGUGCAUACACGCAUAUAGUGCGUACGCUCACGAGAAUCUAUGCCGCACGUGUUCUCCUUUGCAAGACAGUGUAACUCGAGCUGCAGCGUGUUUUAAUACCUUCCCUUUCGUCUGAGGUAGGACAAUGAGAUAUGCUCGUUCGAGCGCCC